AUCUCAUUUCCGCUCUGGAGGCUGGAGGGAGAGUGAGGUCUGAGUGACUUCAGUCACGGCUCCUCCCAAGAGAUCAUGGGCACUCAACUGAGCGGCGGCCAGGGCAGCCCGGAGCCCGCGCAGCCCCAGCCCGCGGCCCCAGAGGGCCSGGAGCGGCCCCGGCCGCAGCCGCAGCCCCAGCGGCAGCCCGAGCCCGACCCGUGGGGGCCUCUGGAUGACGUGCGCUUCCUCAUCGCCUGCACCUCCUGGUACUGACGGCAGCCUCCGUCCUCAGCCCUGUUCGGCCUGGCUCUCAACGCCCGGUACCUCCUACACCCCGGCGCCAGGAGCCGCCAAGGAAUCCAGAAAGGUCCCGCGGGGCUAGAGGAAAUCUCGGCACGAUCGCCUCGAGGGCACCCCCUCUCCCUAACCCCGAACUUUUCGCCUCCAGCCUGCACCCAAACCCGUGCUCACCCYUGUCCUCUCUCCAGCAUCCUGGGGCAGGCUACCCUGAACCAGAACCAGAACUGGGCCGGGCCUA